AUGUCUGUGAAAGUGGACUACAACGCUUUGAAGGCCCGGACCAUGGGGUCUGGAGCCGACGAGGAAGCCGUGACAGUAGACACCAGAGGGCUUAUCUCCAAAGUCCUUGCUCGCUAUUCAGGGAAAUGGACAGUCCUACGAGAAAUGAUUCAAAAUGCCGCCGAUGCAUCUGCAACGAAAGUCACGAUCAAGUUUGAAACCAUUCCAUCCACCACAGUACCUUCACCUACAACGAAUGACCUCACUGCACACCUUAAGCACACCAUCACCAACCAUACCCUACGACGUCUCCUCGUCUCAAACAAUGGGUCCCCAUUCAGCGAGAAAGACUGGGCAAGACUCAAGCGAAUUGCAGACGGAAAUCCGGACGAGACGAAGAUCGGUGCAUUCGGAGUUGGCUUUUACAGUGUGUUCGAUGAUUGCGAGGAGCCUUUUGUAUCCUCGGGAAACCAAGCUAUGGCAUUUUAUUGGAAAGGCAAUGCACUGUUCACCCGCCGAUUAGAGCUCGGUGAAGCUGCAAGCCCAGACACAACCUUCGUUUUGGACUAUCGCAAUGACACUUCGCCCGUUCCCUCGUUACUGCAACUUUGUCAGUUCUUAUCCAGCAGUUUAACAUUUGUCUCUUUGCAAGAGAUAGAACUAUGGCUAGACGAUUGGACACUCCUCCGUCUCUCGAAGAAAACGGCUCCUAGUGUUGAUGUCUCGAUACCACGAGAUAUCGAUACCCGGACAGCGGAGGGUCUUAUGAAAAUUGUGAAUGUCACUCGUGAGAUUGCUCAAGUUGACGCGUCCUGGAUGAAAAUUGUCGAAUGGAAUCCCAACGCAAGCAUAUUCCGCAUGGACAACAUUCGCGAUACAACGAGCUCAUUGCGGAGCUUCUUCUCCAAGUUCACACAAAGCGCACCAGAGAAGCAACAUGUCAAAAAGCCUGAACUUGAAAGUGCAGAUGACUCCGGUAGCAUGAGUAAUAUGCUCUCGGCAUCGGUAUUUUUGCACAUUAACACGGCUUCUCUGCAACCUUCCAUCGGUAGAGACUUGGCAAAAGAGUUGGAACGGGCAACGCGGAAGCCACCGCCGAAGAAAGCCACCAUUGCGAUCCUGACGCCCUCCUAUGAUGCCAGCAUGGCGACUGAAGCGUCUGCGUCACAGUCCGAGGUUCUCUCUUCCAUUCUACCCACCAAAUCCGGACGAGUCUUCAUUGGGUUCCCGACAGCUCAAACGACUGGCUUAAACGCUCAUGUGUCAGCUCCAUCUGUCAUUCCUACCGUCGAGCGUGAGAGUAUCGAUCUCAACACUCGGUACAUCAGCAAAUGGAACCUCGAAAUGCUACGUGCUGUAGGAAUAGUCUGUCGAAUUGCCUGGUCGGCAGAGAUGGCUACGAUCAAAUCGAAAUUGGCUAUGAAGAUUGGCCCAUCCCGGACUAAGGUCCGCAAGGAUGACAUUGUAGAUGUUCUACCCGAGGCCAUUCACACGGCGAACCAGUUCGUGUUUCGUGAAUCCACCCCAUCGUCGGUCUUGGGCCAGACAAUUGAGGAUGCUUUCUGGAUGUGUAACAGAAAUGCCUCUAUUGAGAUCCUGUCUACAUGCGGUGUUAUUCCGAGUCAUCAGACUCGCAUUGCACCUAAGGAUUUGAGCUUCAUGGAUUCGAUUCCAGCUUUGCCCGACGAUUUCGUCAAUGGUGCCAAAGAGUUUGUCAGGAGACUUACGGAUUUUGGUCUGGUAACAGACAUAACCGUUUCAGACAUCAAACGCGAAUUGGAAUCCAAUACUCUGCGGUCAAAUCAAGUCGUUGAGUUUAUCUCCUGGCUUGGCCGUAAAUCUGUCCUUGGUCAACUAGAUCAGCUCUCAGUUCAAAGCCUACUGCGUGUGGCAGUGGCCAACGACGAGGACUCAUCGGGAGCACCUACCCGCUUGAUCAUCUUUGCAGAUAUUACUGGGUUCUUGAAUCCCCAACGCAUUCCAGCAGACCUCCCCAUACCUCCAUCCGUUCUACCAUUCCGCUUCACGAAAUCCUUGGGUAAGCAGGAGCUAGAGGCUUUGGGUUGGGUUGAACUACAGGUGGUUCCUUGGCUACGCUGGAUCGUCUCCAAUUCUGGCAAUCGCAGUAUCUUCCCGAUUGAUCAGGACAUCACCAAGACGCCGGCUUUCUCAGGCCAGGUUCUUCCUGUCCUUUCAAAGCAAUGGGAUGCUCUCAGUGCAGCAUCUAAGCAGAGCAUUGUAACGGUACUUCAACCUCAGACGGUGAUCCCCACACGUCUUGGAAUGAAACAGCCUGGAGAGACAUAUUUUGCCUCAGUGCGUCUUUUUGAUGACCUCCCUGUCAUUCAUGGCCUUAAUGGCGUGAAGGAGAAAAUUCUGACGUCGCUUGGUGUUCGUAAAACCGUCGAGCUUGGUGUCAUCUUUGAUCGCCUUAUCAAUACCCCGGCUCUGGAAGAUACCAAAGGCGGACUUGCACUGAGAAAGUGGAACCAUGUUGACCUUAUUCGGUAUCUUACCUCUGUGCGUGAGGACAUCCCAGCAAAUGAUAUCCAGAGGCUGAAGAGCACGAGCAUCUGCACUGCCGAGAGCGGAAGCAUCUCUAAUGGUACACGGUACAAGAUCUCUGAGCUGUAUGAGCCAAAAGACGUUUUGCGGUCUCUAGGCCUCCCAAUCAUCGAAUGGCCAGGCAUUUACAACAGCAGUAGCAAUGAGGGCAAGUUCCUCACAAUGAUGGGGCUGAAGAGUCACCCACCGCCCGCGGAACUUAUUCGACUCAUGGCCGCGGGAAGCACGGAAAAGGACAGCCGGGCGACCAAAGCACUAUCCUACUUCAUCGCAGAACAUCAUACGAAUGGGUACGCUGCAUUUGAUAUCAGCUCGGUGGCAGUUCCAUUUCUACCUCUCGAAGGCUCCGAUAGCCUGAAUGUCCCUAAAAAGUGUUUCACUGAUGAAGGCGCCACUCUGUUUGGUUUCAAACUUCUCCGAAAGAAUCUGCAUCCUCAUGCCUCAAAGUUGGGGGUGAAAGCCCAUCCUCCCAUGGCAGAUUGCCUUCAUGUUCUCGCGCAGAAACCUCCCACCAACAACUCAGAUGCCCGAACCUUGUUCAAGUAUCUAGCAGGCAGAGUCUCGGAAUUAAGUCGACAAGACAUUGAUCGAACAGGAAUGACUCCGAUCAUACCGGUCACUAUUCGUGACUAUUCCGAGAAGGGUGCUAAAGUACGGCUCGUGGCACCUACAUCGUGUUAUCUUGGCGACGGAGAUGAUUACAAAGACAUCUUCGACUUCGUCAAUUUUGGUCAAGAGGCUAACCUUUUCCUCAUGGCUGUUGGUUCCAAGCGGGAGCCUACUAAGGUGGAGAUCGCACGGAUAUUGGUUAAGGAACCAGCCCGCAUCAACGCUGCUUUCCAAAGCUCUGAGAAAUACCUCAUGCUUCUCAGAACACUUGCAGAGAACAUUUCCACAUUGAAACGAGAUAGGGACCUUUUCCUCGAGAUGAAGAAGGCAAGGUUCCUUCUCGCUAGCCGAGAUCUUCCCCCAAGUGCUACCCAUCACACCCAAAACGAAAAGGCGUCUGCUCAUGAUCCCAAUGAGGAAGAUGAUGACGGAAUGGACAUCAGACAAUGGGAACUGGCAUCUGCCAAAGAGAUUGUCGUUGUUGACGAUUUCCAAAGUUUCAACUUGUUCAAACAGCAUAUCUUUGCUGCGCCCCAGGAAGAAGCUUUGGAAAACUUCUAUAUUGCUCUGGGUGCCAAUCCACUGAGUGGCCUUGUCGAAGAGCAAAUGCGGGUCGGCCAUCCGACGCCUGAUCAAGCAUCUUCACACCAACUGCAUAAGCUGAUCCUGGAACGCACGCGACUCUUCUUUCACGACCAGCCUUCGGACUCUAUUCUGCAUGACACGCGUUGGCUAGAAAAGUCUUUCCACGUCAAGACCGUGACUGCCAUCACAUUGACAAGAUCUCUCAGGGGACUGCGAGUGUCGCACACGCAGAAGCGAAAUGCGAUUGUUGAUCGCUUCCCCGCUGGAUGGACCAUGUGCAUUCGCCCUGGUCAAUUUGACCUGUAUGAAAUCAGUCAGUCGUUGGCGCAUUUGAUCUUGAAACGACCAAAGCUUCAUUCGACCCUGACACUCGAGAUGCUGUUGAAGACUGAUCUCUUGGAACUACGCACUCGUGGGUAUAAUGUCCAGCGUAUCCUGAAACAGAAAGCCCAAGAAGCCCGCGUUGCAGAAGAUAAGCGCCAGAAGCAAGUCGAGGAGGAGAGACGCCUUCUACAGGAAAGAGAAGCCGCCUGGGCAGCAAUUCAAUCUCAGCGUGCCGAGGAAGAGAGAACGGAGUCACGGAAUCAGGCUUCGACUUCAGCUCCGACUGAACAGAACUCCAUGCCCGGCGUGUUCCCUGAGUCGCCUAACAGCAAGACCGUGUCUGCAGAACCAUCAGCGCCGCCAGCAGAGCCUAUUCCAGAGCGUCCUAGCAGAGGCCUGUUUGCCAACCUCUCUAAGAGGUUUGGCUUGGACAAGAGCGCUGGCUCUGAGGGGCAGUCUCAAUCCCCCGUUCCUGAAACAUCCACACCACCGCCUCCACCCUACUCUCCCGAUGAUCCUCAAAACCCAGGCCAAGGCCAAUCCAAGCGCCCAGAACAAACUGUAUCCUCCAACUCACCACAUCGCUUGAACUCUGAGCUCCUGUCCGCUGUCCAGGCAUGCCGACCCCACGGCUCCUCUGAUGUCUACAGCCGCCCGGAAACCAAUCAAAUCCAAGAAAGCAAGUCCUACUGCGAUGAGCGCCCCAGCCAUGACCUCGAGUUCGUUGCCACUUUGCCAAAGAGUGGCAUGAAUGUGCUCUUUACCAAAACGGUUCCCGAUCGGUCUACCUUCCUUGCCACCAAUCGCGCAGGCUUCAAUCUCUUCGCAUCUAUCCUGCUUGAUUGCGGUUCCAUCUUCUCAAUGCGGGCCGAUAGUCUGAGUAUCUUCUACGACCCGGGCGGCAAGACCAUUGCAUUCAACCGUGCGGGCAGUGUCUUCUGCAACUACUUCUACUUCCAAACGCUGCAGGAGAAGGCGCUCUUGGAAAAGUCUACGGAUGCUACAGACGCCAUUGUCUAUUGGUGGGUGAUUUUGUGUCAUGAGCUGGCGCACAACUUGGUUGGGGACCACAGUUCGGCACACAGCUAUUACACCGAGGGUUUCGUUGCACAGUAUUUCCCUAAGGUUGCUGUUAAGAUUGCUUCCUUGCAAACGCCUGCAAACGCGCAGUCUUUGAUCUAG